CCUACUAAAAAGAAUGUACCAAAAUGUGGAUUCAUUAGUUUUCAAGCCAAGUUCUAUAUACAGAAAGUUUUAGCAAGUUCUGUUUACCACGGGUAUCUUCGAUUUAUUUGAUUUAAAGCCAAGAGAUUAAGGACUCAAAGCUGAGAGCGAGCACAGGAGAAUGAGAGGGAGAAGCAGACACCCGCCAAACAGAGAGCCUGACAUGGGACUCGAUCCCAGGAUCCUGGGAUCAUGACCUCAGCCGAAGGCAGACGCUUAACCCACUGAGCCACCCAGGCUCCCCUCUCUGCCACAACUACUAAACCAUGCAAAAUGCCCAGCAGCCAGCCUGAAGCUCCCUAAACUCAGGGCUCCCAGGCCCUCAUGGCCCUCCUGUAGCACCCGCGUCAUCUGCCAUUUGGUAUCUCUUGGAGAAGAAGCUGAAUCUAGAAUUCUUGAUGGCUAGAGAUGGUUGCAGCCGUGGCAUUGCCUCGUCCACCUUCCCCAACCCAGUCUGUGUGAACCUGGAAUCUGAGCCUACGAGUGUGCCAGCACAGCAGCCCUUACUCAAGUCUUUGGCCCAUCUUCCAAACCAGAUUCCUCCCUUCAGCCCUAUUACAUAUAGAUUCUGGAGACAUCAUUGAACAGAGAGAUGGAAGAAAAGGAGGAGAGAAAAUUGAUGCUUUAACAACCCACCUAUCAAUACAUGAAGGUGUAUUGUGUAUUGUGUUUGUGACAACUGGAAAGGCUUGGAAGGGGUUAUUUGAUUACCCAGAGGCCUUGACUGUGCAGGCUCUGACCUUCACACAGCUCACCACUAACUGCAACCUCCACGUGGCCCCUCCAUCUGCACACUGGGGAUUGUCAUAUGAUUUGCCUCACGAGGUUACUGUGAGGUAAUGUAUGGAGGAGGCUUGGCCAAUGACUUGUACCUACUUGUACCUAUAUGUGGAUGCUAAGUUAACCAUUUAUUUAUGAUCUCCAUAGCCUUGCAACUUUUGGGGGGCAGUAACAGGACAGACAGUGUAUUUUUCAUUUAUUUGAUAAACACCUUCUUCUUUCUGAAAUCCCAGUUGAAUUGCUGUGGGGCCUUCUGUCACGAGUAUGAUUAGCCCACUCAGGGGUGUGGGGUGGGUACAGAGCCACCUGAAGUCCCAGGGCAGCAUGCAUUGGAAAAAGGUUGAGCCUGGUGUGUUAGGGAGUCCUGGUAGGGAAGCAAGGCUUGCUUCUGGGAUGCUCUCUGCAGGUAAAUAAGUGCCUGGUGGCUGCCUGAGGACUGCCUAUUGCUUCCAGAAUUACUAUCCCGUGCCCACAUAAAGUCUGGUGCCUGGAAACCUCCCACGUGGGUGCUUUGAGCAUUCUGCUGGUCAGGCAGUGGAAGGAGCACUGCAUGGGAGUCAUAGGCCUGGUUUCUAGCGCUGGUUCUUCAGCCAGGGGGACUCUGCAAGUUGUACCUGUAAGUGGAGAGAUGACCUCUUCAGGUGAUUCCUCCUCAGUCUCUUCCAUUGUACUGAGAAUUGGGAAACAUCAUAACCCCAAACUCCCUCCACCCAGAGAAGUGCUGGAACACGACCCAGAGGGUCUGAGCGCGUGCGUGAGGGACUUUUAUUACUCUAGAGCCCACUUGCUGACUUCAGUCCUUCUGCGCCUUCUCCACCUAGGCCUCCCGGGGGCCAUCAGGGGUCCCUACAGAGUCACCUCUCCGGUGAUUCUGGUGGUGGGGUCUCAGAGCCAAAGGCUGUCUGACCUUCGCUGUCAGUAGAGGUUCUCUAGUGAAGAUGGUGUAACUGACAGGGGCCGCAAAGACACCGACUACAGGACUAAUGCUUCAAAGUCUAAUUUACGAAGUUUUGGCAAGUCAGCCGCCCCAGGGAGGGGAGGGCAGCCCGCUGAAGGCGAGGGAAACACAGGGAGGGGCGUGGGGAACUGUCCAGAGAGCGAGGACUACAAACUUGCAGAAAGACACGCGACCUUCAGUCCCCUGGGGUACCGGGCGCGCCGCCGUGUCCCGGCCCCUUCCCUCAACUCGUCCAGAUCUCAGUGACAGUCACCUGCAGGGGACCCCACGCCCCCCCACCCCGGCCCGGGCGUGCCCCCUGCGGAGAGGGGACCCGCUUCCGCCAGGGUGCCCCGCUCCGACGGGGCAGAGGGACGCACUGCAGGGGGGCGGCAGAGGAAGCGGGUGGGCGCAGCGGAGCGCGACCCCCGGCCGGCGGCUGCGGCGCGAGUUCGCGGCCCGCGGGUUCCCACCCGGCGGCGGGGCUCUGGGGCUUGGCCAAGGUUCAGCACGCCCGCCGCCGCCGCCGCCGCUCCCCGCCCCCCCCUCCCCGGGUCCCUGGAGGCUCCGCGGCUGCCGGAGCGAGAGGUGGAGCCGAGCCCGCGGCGGCCGCGCAGGAGGGAAAGUUCGGCGGCGGCGGGAGCCGCGGGGACCGGCCGGGCAGCCCGGAGGGCGCCUCGCGAUUCCUUUCCGUUUCACGGGAAGAAGCCCAGGUAUUUUCACCCAGAGGAGGGACGAUGUAGCUCCAGGCUCAGCUUCUCUCCUCAUACUUGCAGCCUACAUGGGAUUGCAUUUAGGACCUACCCAGACAAUCCAGGAUAAGCUCUUCCUCGGGAGAUCAUUAACGUCACAUCUUUUGCCACAGAAGGUUAAGGAAAGGAUAUUUACAGUAAGCAUGACCAUAACCUUUCAAGCUGAACCAAAUUUGUAAUGUAAUGGUUAUUUUUAGUUCCUGAAAUGGAAUGGAUUCAUCGAGGUCCUCCUGCGUGCACAGCACAGCUCAGCAUGAUAGAUGGAGGUGACCUGCGUAUGUUCCCUUGCUUAUCACUUAUUUAUUCCACAAAUAUUUACUGAAUGCCUGCUGUGUGCCAGGUGCUGUUCUAGGAGCUUGGGAGUCUGUGAUGAACAACACAGAUAAGGAUUUUACUUUCAUGGAGUUUCUGUUCCAGUGAAUUGAUAUUUCAGAAAUUGAUGUUUCUGAUGAGUUCUGAUAGGUGUGAAGGAGUAAACAUUACAG